ACUGUUUUUGUUAUUUUCUCUCUUCUUCUUUAUGGUCAAUUUUCCUCGUUUUCCCCCAUUUCUACUCCGAUGAAUAAGAUGAAAAAACCAACGGAUUCCGCCGGUGCCGGCGGUGUUAUGCCACGGCCAGAUUCAACACUGAACACCGGAGUAGUCCGACCAGAAUCUCAACAGUCGGAAUCGCAACCAAAAUAUUCCCCGGAAUUGAUCAUUGCCAAUCUCAGCAAACUCUCGGAUGGUCUCUUUGCGUUCCAGCGAUGCUUGACUGACCUAGAACAACACAUUGAUUCUGCACGGACCUCAAUUGACUCCGCUAUGCUACUACUGCUCACUCCGCCACCAGUGACACUCCCAACCCCAGUGCCAGAGCCAAAGCCAGAUCCAAAGCCAAAGCCAGAGACAGAGCCAGAACAAUCUUUCGAGUCUGAUCCCUCUGAAGAUGAAGAGGAGGAGGAGGAGGAGGAGGUGGAGAAGGAUGAGGUAGAGAAGGAGGAGGAGGAGGAGGAGGAAGAAGAAGAUGAUGAUGAUGAGGAGGAGGAGGAGGAGGAGGAGAAGGAGAAGGAGGAGGAAUUGAGAUCGUCUUCUCGUUCAGAGCUGGAAAUCCUGUGCAAAACGAUGGACUUUGUUGGUUUGAAGAGGUACAUCGUGAGGCAUAUGUCAGAUAAAGAUGGAUUGCUUAAACAACUUCCUAAGGCAUUGAAACUGUCGCGCAAUCCAGCAAGGCUUGUUGUGCAAUGUAUCAACAAAGGGAGCAAGAGGCAUGUCAAUAGCUCAAGGGGACGGGCUUCUUUAUUGGCUAUGGAAUGCCUCUUGUUGAUGAUGGGAGAAAGGAGAGUAGUUGCGAUUGAUAAACGGACGAAAAAUGAGGCAGAGCAGGCAGCUUUAGCAUGGCGGGCGAGGCUGAUAGCCGAAGGAGGUAUAGGAAAGGCUAAUGAAAGGGAUGCCCAGGGUUUGCUGUUGCUCAUAGGGUGUUUCGGGAUUCCACAAGGAUUUAUGGAUCGGGAUAUCAGAUUUUUGUUCAAGGCAGGUGGCGCCAUGGGGAUUUCUGGUGCCCUUAGGAGAUCAAGAGUUCUCAUGGAAAAGAUUCCACAAAUAAUACAGUGGAUGUUGAAUAACUCUUUAGUAGUUGGGGCCAUUGACAUUGCCUAUACUUUUGGAAUGGGAGAUAGAUAUAACCCUCGUAAAAUCUUGACAUCAUUUUUACAUAACUCUGAAGUGUUAUAUUUGAACAAUACUAAGGGACUUGAACAUCAAAGUAUUGCUAUGCGUGCAGGUAAAAAGAAGCACUUGUCUGAUCUGGAAUCUGUCGGGGAAUGUUUGGAACGUCACAAGAUUGAUCCUUCGAAACUCCUUCCUGGUUGGCAAAUCGAUGUGAGAAUAAUGAACUUGGAGAAAGAUAUUGCUGAUUUGAAUAUGCAUAUAGGUGAGGAAGAAGUUGCUGAAUUGACUAGGCAUAUAGGUGAUCAGAAGAUUACACAAAAGAGAAAAAUUGGUGAGACUGAGUCCUCUGGUAGUUUCAGCAACAAAGAAAUGAAACCCUCGCAUUUUCCAAAUCCAAAUCCAUGGCCUCCACAACAACAUAGAGUUGUUAAUCAUGUUGAUGACAGCAACAGCACCUUGUUAGAACACGGUGGAACUGCCGGCCAAAUUUAUGGUUAUUCUCUGGCCCCGUCGGUAUUGCAUCGAACUGUUGCAGGCUCAAUACAUCAAAAUGCUGUUGGCUCACUGGCAGGACCUGUGGGAGGUGUUGUGGCCAUGGAUGGAGCUGGAGCAGGUAAUUUAGUGAAAGGAGGUUCAUGUGUUGGAGUUCAUGGAGGGACUCUAGUUGAUCAUACACCUAGUCAAAUAGGAAGUCAUACUGGUCAGUUAUAUGGACCCCCUGGUGAUGCACACACCUAUGCUUAUAGGCCGCCAUCCUACUUUGAAGCAUCGGGCUCUAUGGGGUUGCCAAACACCAUGCCUGGUGAUGCUUAUAGGCCUCCACCAUAUUUGGAAGGCUCUAUGGGGUUGCCAAACAACAUACCGGGUGAUGCUUAUAGGCCAACACCAUACAUGGAAUGCUCCAAGGGCUUGCAAAAAAACAUAUCUGGUGAUGCUAAUCAGCCUCCACCAUACAUGGAAGGCUCUGCACAGUUGCCAAACACCAUACCUGCACCAUAUCAGUUUGCUGAUACUGUUCCAUCUGCUGCCCUUGCUCAUCCUUCACCCUCCUUGUACUGGAAGAGAUAGUUUUGCAUUGGGCAGGCAUUAUUUCUAACGUAGUUUCCCUUUUGUAGUAUACCCAAUCUAGAAGUGAUCUCGCACGCAUGGUCUUGGAGAAGGUUGUAGUUCAUUAGCUACUAUAAAGCUCUGGUGAAUGUUCGGCCUAGCAUAGUGAUGUCUAAAUUCUACCUGGAAAACUUUCAUUUGUUUGGAAAGAUUUCAAAAAUUACAAUAACUUUUUACAGAGGUAAAAGAGAUAAAUAACUGAUCGACUUCCCUUUGCUUUCUCCUCCCUUCCAACAAACAUGAUUUUCUAACAAUCUUGUUUUCCCUUUUCCUCAUCCAGUCCAGCAGGUCACAAUGGUUCCUUGGAAAACCCAAGGUCGUGGGUUCAAUUCCUCAAACACGCAUCUUCCUUUUUUCCAAGUGUGACAUUCUUGUAAAUUUUCGCCUGAGAUGAGAUUAAAUGAAGAAACAAGAAUCGUGAGGGAUACAUAUGAUGUUUGUUGUUUUGAUGGUCUCUUCAAUUGUUGACUGGAGUCUCCUGUGGGCAUGUGCACUUGUAUAUGUUGUUUGUCUCUCCAUUCUUACGAGUAAAUGUUGGACCUGCAUCUUUUUAUUUGCUCCAUUGAUGUUAUGAAAUGAUAUAGUUCUUGCAUUUAGCUUAAAUGUGUCAAAAUUUUAGAUUUUCUAUUAUGGAUAGUCUACCCAAGGUUGUAGUUUAUUGCUUGGUGUGAAUUGUUUGAUCUUUGGCCAUCAGCCUUUGAUACAUGAUUUGCAUAUCUAUUGUCUAGAAGAUAUAUUCUGAAGUUGACCUACGACUUAUGAAUCAAUCCUUUUGAUUUGGGAUUUGGGGGAUCAAUUUUAAUGUUUGUUUCUAUGUUGCUUAGGUAGGUGGUCGAGUGUGUUAUGUUUCAAUUGCUGUGAUGUAGAACAGCUGAAGGUGGUUGAGUAUGUUAUAUUCAAUUUCUUUUAUUCCUAACUUCGCAUUUUAGUUUAUGGGCUUGAAGAUAUGCAUCAUAUGGAAACUACAUUUACUUGAUUUGUUUUAUUUCUGUUUGAAGUUUGACUUCAUUAAAGUGUCUGUUUUUAUAUGCAGUUCAGCUGUGCAUACAAUAUUUUUGUUGCUCCUGAAGUCAAUUUUUUUGCUUGUUCAUAAAUGCACCUUUAUAUUUCCUGCUGGUUACAGGGGGAAACUCCGCCUUUUUGAGCUUGCUUACAUUUGUAGGUCCUAAGUAGACAACCAACAGUCAUUAUAAUGGAUCGUAACAUUACAAGAUAAGAUGGGCUAAGAUGCAUUGACACAGACGGGGGGAGAGAUUGAUGGGCAAACCUUGGCCUGAACACUGAUUGUGUGAAUUUGCAUCUGUUUCCACUGUUUUUUACUCAGCAUUUGUGACUUUUGGCUUGAAUGAGAUGUAUAAUAGAGACAACAGUUCAACUAUUAUGUAUGAAUUGAAAUUGGGAUUUCAGCAAUGCCCCAGAUAUAGUCAUAUGAGAAUUUGUAGCAUAUUUCUUUCUUGUAACAUUUAUGUAAAAUCUUACAGCUUCCUAUUGAUCUCCACAAUGCAUUUUGUACUUUUACAAUUGCUUGAAUGGCCAUAUGAGGUAUAAAUCUUCAUAAUGUUUAACGUGCUA